UGGUUAAGUACAUUGUCUAAUGGGUGUUGCUUCCGGAGUAGGUAGCCUAAAACCUUUAGAGUUAUAGCGAGCCUACAUUUUAGGAUGAUCUUCUCCAAGCAAACAUGGGUGUCUUACUAUUUAAAUCCGUCUUCUUGUCAGUGAAAAUAAUCUCGUUUUUUAGUUUGCUGGCACUUAUUGUUUUAAUUCCAGUUAAUGUAGGAGUGGGCGUGGAGCGCCCCACAGGCGCAUGUAGGCCUCUGUGCGUUGGAGACGAAUGCGUAACUGUUCACCAAGACAAAGUGGAUUUCAAUACAGCUGAAGAAGCAUGUCAGAAUAGAAAUGGAGAGCUGCUAGCUUUUCAGUCUGAGGCCGUUGAGAGCAGCGUUGAGAUGCUGGCUGAAGGUGUGUUUGGAAACCUUUGGAUCGGACUGCGCCUUCCAGUCGGAAUCUGCAGCAACCUGUCCGCCCCGCUGCGGGGGUAUGAGUGGACCAGCGGCAGCAAACACAAGAACAAAAUUCCACCUUUCAGCAGCUGGAAAGACAGUGUUAAACGCUGCUCUCCACAAUGUGUAUCGCUUUCAGGUGAUCUAAAGUGGACGGAGAGGCCUUGCUUGGACAAAAUCGAUGGGUUUCUGUGCAAAACCAAGCACAAAGACGCGUGUCGUGGCCAAGAAUUAUCAGAUACCAACGUCUUCCUGAGCCCAGAGGGUUGCUCAGAUGCUCCCUGUGAGCACACCUGCACAGAUGUGAAGGGAGGUUAUAAAUGCACUUGUUUUAAUGGAUAUGCCCCAAGUAGGCAGGAUCCCCACCGGUGCCAAAUGCACUGCCCAAACAAGACGUGCCCGGCCAUAUGUGAUCGCAACACUGGAGGUCAGUGCUCCUGUCCAGAAGGCUUUUUAAAAAGUGAGAACCUCUGUGAAGAUAUUGAUGAAUGCGAGAUGAAGCACUGUGAACAAGACUGUGAAAACAGUUACGGAAGUUUCCUCUGCUCCUGCCGGGAAGGAUUUACGCUUAAGGACGAAGUGAAAUGCGUCAGCGGGGAUGGAGAUGAGGCUUUGAGCGCUGCCACUCCCAUCAUAACGGGCGACCAGACACGGGCUGUCAACACCACACUGAAGAUUUCCACUGCCACUGCUGGCAGCUUUGUGUGGCCUUGGAUUGUCUUCGCCCUGGCUGUGUUAGUGGUGAUGCUUGUGGUGAGGUAUUGCGUUGUAAAGCGUCGGGAGCGCAGCGAGCCCAUUUCACAGCAGAGGUCCGCUGCUGAUGUGGACUGUUAACAUGGACACUGGCUGUCUGAGGUAUUAAAAACAAUAUAUGAAGUUCAUUAGGGUCAAAUGAACCUAUUUUAAGGGAAUAUUUCAUUAGUAGGACCCAUUAUUAUUGCUAUCGUUAUUAAUGUCGUUAUAAUUAUUAAUAUCAUUAUCAUUAAUUACGUCGGGUUGAUGGAAACUUAAUAGUUGAACAUAUAAUCCACAGUAGUUUUGACAACAUCUGAUUUUUUUUUCUAUUUAUUUGUUUUGUUUGUGUCCUCCAUUUCUAAGCAAUAUGUAGAAUUAUUCAACGCUAUUUGAUGGCUAGUAUCAUGGGUCUUGACUUAUAAAACAGUAUUGAGAUUGCAUCCUCAUGGACUGAACUCUAUUCGUCCCCGUGUAUAUAUUUAACUGGUGGAAAAAGUUGAGCUGUGAGUGUUUGUUUUUCCAUGUUCGACUUUAAGAUGGGCCACUGAGUGCUAAAAUGUCAUUUUUCAUGUUUUGUUAUGUGUCAUUUAGAUCUGUCUUUUUUCUUUUUUAAAGUUCAAUAGCACUGAUGCCAGUUAAUGCAUAAACAUGAAAGCAAGAAUAUUUAGUCAGCCAGUAGCAAUUGAUUUCUUCAUUUCUGGCCUUAGAGCGCCCUCUGUUGUUCCUUCAGGCAAUCUGUCAAAACAUAGAAAACACUUAAAAUUGAUUAAAUUUCUGUUGACCUCCAAAGCAAUACAGCAUGUUUUUCUGAAAUACACUGCAGUCUCAGAAUCCUUUAGUUUGUAAUAUAUUCACAUUUGACCUUCUUUGUCAUUCGUGUCAUAGAUUUUUAUUAUAUAGGGAGUUAACGCUUCCCAUUUGUGAGCCCUCUUUGUGUUGAAUGGUGUUAUUGGCUUUUAAUUUAUGUUGUGAACCAUUCAAAUUCUUGUGUCACCUUAAAAAUAACUGAGAUUUAAAAUUCUGAGCACUUUCGCACACACACAGUGGGCAUGCAUUCACCUGGUGAGGAUGAGGGUUAUUGAAGAGAUACUUUAACAAGCAAAGUAUUUGGAAAAUCUGUUCUUUAUACCAUUGUGUAUGAUUUGAGUCUUAAAUAAAGCACA